GUUUGUUUAGUUUAAUGAUUUUCCAUUACUAUUCUUAGGUGCAUGCUAAUUCACUUUAUUUCGAAAUGUUCAUUUCCGGAUAAGUUUAGAUUAUGGAUUUUUUGUUUACUUUUGGAUUAGAAUAAUAGUGCAUGCAUGUAUCAUGUAUAUUUAUGUUUAUGCCUAACCUUUUUUAGUUUGAUCAUCUUGUUUUUUUUUAUUAUUAUUAUUAUUAUUAUCUUUCUGGGGUUCUAUAAAUUUUCUGGUGUUUCUACCUGAAAAGAAAUGCUAGCUUUGUCGCAUAGUUUUCUUCUACUAUAUCCGUUUUCUCAUUAUUCAACAAUAAUUUGAGUGUUUUUUAUAUUUUUAUUUUUCUGUAAGAUCUUAAUCAAUCACCAUGGUCUUUGUCUUAUUGCUGUUCUGUUGAAACUAGAAAGUGCCAUCAACAUAUGAGAUCUUUACACACUACAAUAUGUUCUUCAUUAUUAUCUGCUAUAAGCUUCAUAAUAUGCAACGGUGUUUCUACUAUAGUUCCUUGAACCAAUUGAUCAGUUAACUUAAUUUGCAGAAGGAAUUGGAUUUGGAUGGUGGUUAAGAAGUAAUAUUGAUCUGUCAUCACUUUCUUCUUCUGUGGGGUGCGGCGAAACGAUGCCAAGCAAGCAAUGGUUUGCACUGUCAAUGAUUUACAACAAUGGAAGGAUUUCCCAAAGGGACUCAAGGUUCUUCUCCUUGAAGGAGACGCCGCUUCCGCGGCCGAGAUAAAACCAAAGCUUGAAGCCAUGGACUAUAAUGUUUCUGCUUUCUGCGACGAGAAUGAAGCCUUAUCAGCGAUCUCAAGUAGAUCCGAAAGCUUCCACAUUGCCAUAGUGGAGGUGAAUAUAAACAGCGGCCAAGGAGGUUUCAAAUUUCUUGAGAAUGCCAAGGAUUUGCCAACCAUUAUGACUUCAAACGAUCAUUGCCUGAGCACCAUGAUGAAAUGCAUAGCGCUCGGUGCAGUUGAGUUCCUUCACAAACCUCUCUCCGAGGAGAAGCUUCGAAAUAUAUGGCAGCAUGUGGUUCACAAGGCAUUCAAUGCUAGUGCAAGUGUUAUGUCCGAAUCGCUAAAACCGGUCAAAGAAUCUGUAGUAUCCAUGUUGCAGCUCCAAACAGACAAUGAACAACAAGAAAGUACAUAUACUGAUGAUGAUCCUGAUCCUGGAAGCGAUAAGUAUCCGGCUCCAUCGACCCCCCAAUUGAAUCAGGGAUCGAGAUUGAUGGACGAUGGCGAUUGUCAAGAGCAGACUAAUUGCUCAACAGAAAAGGAGAGUGGGGAACAUGAUGGAGAAGGAGAAUCGAAAUCCGUCGAAACUACAUGUGGAAAUUUGAAUUUUGAAAGUAAUAAUACUAAUGAACCAAUGAACACUGAAAAGACUUUGGUCAAGAAUUUAAGGGAAGAUUCUAGAGAUGGGAACCAUGAUAGUUCUGUUUAUAAGCAUACAAAUGAUAAGGUUCUUAGCAGCGAUGAUGGUAAUACAAAGUCUUCAAAUAAAGUGGAUUCAUGCACGUUAAAAGCUCAUCGGAAGAAGAUGAAAGUAGACUGGACACCCGAGCUGCACAAAAAAUUUGUGAAAGCGGUGGAACAACUAGGCCUUGACCAGGCCAUUCCAUCUCGAAUAUUGGAUCUAAUGAAAGUGGAGGGAUUGACAAGGCAUAAUGUUGCAAGCCAUCUUCAGAAAUAUAGAAUGCAUAAGAGACAAAUAUUGCCCAAGGAAGAAGGUAGGAAAUGGCUGAAUCAAAGGGAUCAAAUGCAAAGGAGCUAUUGUCUUCAACAACGACCAAUAAUGGCGUUUCCACCACCGAAUCAUUCCAAUCACACCCUUUCGCCAGCUCCUAUAUAUCCCAUGUGGAGGCAAUCCGGCGGUCAAGCAGCAGCUAUGCCGGUCUGGGGCCCUCCCGGUUAUCCUCUGUGGCAUCCUACAGAAAGCUGGCACUGGAAGCCGCUUCCCGGGUUGCAGAUGCAUGCGGAUGCAUGGGGCUGCCCGGUUCUGCCACCUCCUCAGGCUCCUCUUCCUUGCUUUUCCUACCCUUUGAAUGUCCCCGGCAUGCACCAUACUAGUGCUGUGGAUUACAAGUCUAUCAUGCCACAGAGUUCCCUUGAUCUUCAUCUGGCCGAGGAGGUUGUUGACAAGGUAGUGAAAGAAGCAAUAAGCAAGCCAUGGCUACCAUUACCCUUAGGCCUCAAGCCUCCUUCCACAGAUAGUGUGCUGGCCGAGCUUUCGCGAAAAGGCAUAUCGACCUUCCCUCCAUGUAGCAAGGGGUCCUAAUCCAUGCUGCGCCAUGUGACGGCGGCGGCUAGCCACUCUUAGCUGGAGCACUAAUUCCUGAUGCCGACCAACUCCACAUGGAUGGUCCAUUUGUAAUUAAUUUUGGUUUUCUCAGCUAUAUUGGCUAGGAGUUGGACUUGAUAUGUAGUGGACUAGUGGUAAAUGUGGGACUUGGGGACCAUUUUGUUUGUUUUUUCUUCUUUUUUCCCCGCUAAUUUUAUCCCCAUAUCACACCACCCAAACCACUCUUGCUGAGGGCCUCUCCUAUGCUACUACUGUUGAGUGUUUAUGUCAGGCCAUAAUGUAUAUUAUGUUGAUGCACAUGCAACAACAAAAUAGACAUUGUUCUUAAUCUCUUAAUCUUAGAGAGACAUGAUAUUUGUACAUCCAAAAGUAGGGUAGGGUGUCCGAGACACCUUAUCGUCCAAUAAUCCAAAGAUGAAAAAUAAGUUUUAUUAGGUGUUAAA